AUGAAUCAUGAACAGAUCCCAUCAGUAGGCAAGAAGAAGAGUAAUAUAACAGAGUAUAACCGCAAGUCAUAUAUUAUACAGAAUUUUCUCUAUCUUAUUGUCUUUAUAGUCAUUCUUGCCUCAUUAACGUAUCCAUGGAUCAGUUCUCGUAAUGCUGCAAAAGAAUCAAUUGCCAAGAUUUAUUCAGAACAUCUUACAGCCCAUACUGAAGCAAUUACUGCAGGUAUUCAGGAAUUUUUGAAGCAAUAUGAAGUUCCAUCACGAUUCUUAGCAGGUAUUAGCGAUACACCAGAUCUCAUCGAGUGUAGUCAAAGCAAAGUAUAUAACUUUAUUCGCUAUUGCCAAGCAGCAAGAAAAAACCUUGAUCCAAAACCAAACUUGUUCUUUUUCGGAGAAUCAGAAUCAAGCUUUUGUAUGAUCAAUUGGAACAAUACGAACUCAACUAACCCAGAUGAAUUCCACUUUUUCUACGCUUAUCACUAUCAAUUAGAUGAAUUCCAAUUAAACUAUUUCAAUGGCUUAAAUGCAGACUUUAACAAUUUCCAACCCAACGGUGGUGAUAAUGUUACAAUUUGGUCUGAACAAAUGAAAAUUAUUUACAAUACUAACGUUUUUAAUCAAUUUACAUGGAGAAAUAUAUUAUAUUUCGCAAAUAAAAAAUCAGACGAUAAUUACCUUGGCGGAGCAAUCUACGUACGUAAAAGUUCUACAGAUACAAUUACGAUUUCUGGUAUUGGCUUUGACAUUUCGUAUUUGUACUCUACACUAAAGAAAAUAGCUUCCCUAUCUGAUUCCAAGUACGCAUUCUUAACUAUGGAUGACACAGCACUUUUAUUAGAUUCCGGCGAAAUUGACCCAAUAAAUCAUACAAAGAGCUCACUUUACGUAUAUCCAUCACUUGCUGAGACAUCAGAUCCCUUCUGGCAGACAGCAGCCCAUCUAAUUGAUGAUUUAAAGAACGGAUCAAUUUUGAGUUCCGAAAUUGAUGGUGACAAAUAUCUCUUUUUACUUAAAAACAUAUCAGUCAGAGAUAUACCACAUUUCCAGAUCGUUGUAGCCUUUAAUCUCCAAGAACCGAUCUCAAAUAUGUUCUUUGAUACAACUGUCAUUUUUGUUGGCGGUUUAGGACUUGUUGGCCUUGUAUUUUUCAUCACGGCGUUCUUCCUACGCAGAUCCAAACUCGAGAGAAGCCGCAAAUUGAAGAGGGUUCCAAAUCUCGAAGAUGAAAAAUUCAAAAUUGACAAAAACGGAGGCGCAUUAGUCCGAUCUAUCCACAGUCUCCGAAAACUACAGCUAGCAUACCCAGAGGACACAAUUCUCAACAAAAUAGCUGAUAGCGCAAUCCUCAAAUUGGCCAGAUCCAAAGAUUCACUUUUUCAGAAUCCUUCAGUGUCAGAUGGCGAAUUUAAGACAGUUCUUCGACGUUUAUCUCCACCUCCCGAACCAGCUGAACCUCCUUUCCAGAUGUGA